UGCGACUGUGAGGAAUCAGUCCACUAAACUAGCUGACGCUCGAGUGUUGUUUUUUACAGUUAAGUGGGUGGUGUUUGAAGGGUUUGCUCAAGAGUAUAAUCAAUUCAGAUACAUAGUUUGGUACAGGUCUUCUGUUCUCUUAUCUCAAACGUGACGUUACAUAAGAAGAACACGUGACGCUGUACGGGAGGAACGUUUGACAGCGGUUGGAACGGCUGAGGGACGGACGGACUGAGGGUGGGUCACCACAGAAACGCUGUUCGAAACAAAAUAACAGCGCUGUUUCCACGACGAACGUGCACACUAAGACAUUUCUCAUGGCUUCAGCACAAUGCACAAGAUAUUCCCUGUACUGGGAGGAAACUGAGUGCAUGAACUAUUAUGGGAUGCUGUCCCUCCAUGAGAUCUUUGAAAUAGUGGGCUCCCAACUCACAGAGAGUGAUGUCGAGGUUUUGUCCUUUCUCCUUGAUGAAACCUAUCCUGGAAAGCAUCCACUCGAUCCAGAUGGAUGGACUGAAGAUUUACCUCCAGGGCCUGAUGGAUCUCCACAGGGUAAUUCUCCAUGUCCCCGGCUUCUGAAUACAUGGCGAAAAAUACAGCCACAGAAUGAGCCAUGCCCCAUCGCCUGUCGCCACCGACCCAAGAGUGGCGUUGAACUGCUGUUGGAGUUGGAGAGGCGAGGGUACUUGAGCGAGGGAAAUCUCAGACCUCUAUUGCAGUUGCUGCGGAUUCUGACACGGCAUGAUGUUUUGCCCUUUGUGUCACAAAAGAAGAGAAGAACAGUGUCUCCAGAGCGAGAGAAGAUAGACUACCCAGAGGUGGACAAACAAAUCAGCCCAAACACAGAUGGACCAUCCUUUGAAAACACACAAGACCACCAGUGGAGAGCAGGGGCAGGCUCUUCUCUGACAACAACCACCACUGUCCGACGGAAGCGAGGUAGAGGUCACCACUGGAGAAAAAAAUCUGCGGGAAAGCCUGUAAUCCAGCUUCAACCAACUCCCAACAAAGUGACCUGUGAUAUCCGUCUGCGCGUGCGUGCGGAGUAUUCGGAGCAUGAGACGGCCCUUCGUGGAGGAGUUUCUUCAGACAAGCAGCAGCCGCUGGAGAGGCAGUUUGAACUGUUCAGCCGAGCGAACCUGCUGCUCCGCGCACGGGAUCUGGGCUCUAUUGUCUGUGAUAUCAAGUUCUCAGAACUUGCCAACCUAGAUGCUUUUUGGGCAGACUACCUGAGCGGGGCUCUGCUCGAGGCACUGAAAGGGGUCUUCAUCACAGACUCUUUGAAAAGGGCAGCGGGACAGGAGGGGGUCCGGCUGCUUGUCAGUGUGGAUCAGGAUGACUACGAGGAGGGUAGGAAACUGUUGCUUGGCAGCCAGGCACAUAAUGGGACAAACUGGGACACACAAAGGCCCUAAGAAAUGUCAUUUUCACAUGGGACCUUCAGUUGUGAUGGAUGAAGAUGUUUUGCCUUUUUAUUUCAUUGCCCAUUGAGUGUUGGUGACCCUGCUGAGAUGGAGAGCCUAUUGGAGGAGACUAGAUUCAAUUGGGCAGCCGUUUUCUUGGACACAAGAAUCAUUUUCCUUCAGAAACUCUCUGACAUUUCAGAGGUUAGGUUCAGAUGUGUGGCUGUGUAUCUUCAAGGCAGGUCAGUUUAAACAUGGACAAACACACAAUACUAAACACAGGAGGGAGGUUCUGCAUCUAUGAAUACCAUUUACUCUGCCCCGGGUGGUAUAGAUUAUUUAUUUAUUUUAUUUUGUUCCUAAUGUGAGGCGUUCCUUAUUCUCUUUCUGUGAUAAAAGAUAGAAAGAAUGGGAAUACACAACAAAUAAUUACUGUAGCUUAAAGGGUUUACAAAUCAAUCCACAAAAGAAUGACAAAAAAACAACAACAUUAAAAUGUAUAAUUAACAAAAGAGAAGGAUUUUUAUUUUUAGCAUAUCUCCUGUUUUGAAAGGGUUUGAAAGAUUAAAUGCUAACUUAAUUCUUAAGGUUUUGGGCUGAUAAUGAUGCAACAGAAGAGCAAAGUCAUACUUCCACCAUCGGGCUGGCGGAUAUGUUGCGUUAACGAAUUACUCAGAGUGCUCUUUUGUACUGCGUAUAAGAGUCACACAGAUGGCCCAGUCAAUCAACAUUGCCAAAAUUUUGAAAGAUUAACUAGAUGGAGUCGAGAUUCAUACUAAUCGAUUGCAACAAAGACUUUCUACAGUGCACCACAGUGAGACUACAUUUGUCCCGACAACUCCUGUCUCAUGGAUUAUAUGGGCCUUUAGAUGCCUUUGUAAAUUGCAGAUAUAAAAAUGAUAGUUAAUUAUAAUUAGAUGGUGACUGCUGAUUUGACACCAGCCUUGACAAAAACAGACUUACCUCUGGUUCUGUUUCUAUAAUAUGUUGCCCUUUUUGUUAUAUUUGUACUUUUAUGACAAAAAGAUAAAUGUUCAGUAGUAGUUAGUGGUAAUUCAUUUUGGAACAGUCCUGUCAUUACUGGGAGUGUAAAAUUGAACACUUUUGUGUUUUCAUGUGUUUGUUUAAACAUAAUACUUGAUAUUGUUUUGGAAUAUGUACAUUUAAGUAAAUAUGAUUCUUAAUAAAGUACUGUCAGAAAAUA